AGUUCUGCCCUGCAACCGAACAGCAUCGCUCACGAUGGCUCUUCAGCGUACCACCUUCCUGCUCUUCUCGCUUGCCUUGUGCGUUUCUGCCCAAGAUCCAGUCCCUUGCCAGGACUGCCAGCAGCUCUACCUGGAGCACUACGCAGCGCGUAACUGUACGCCUGUGUUCGAUGACACAGUCUCUCUCUGCUGUCCUGCCAGCUUCAAUUGUAGUACAGGUCCGGCCGUGGUGAGGGAAGAUGAGGGCUGCCCCUACAGAGGGAAGGUUUACGCGGUGGGGGAAACUGUGCCAGUAACGAACCCUUGUGAUGCCGGCUGCUAUUGUCGCCCUGGCACCGAUGGCCAACUGCCUAAAGUUGAGUGUGCCGUGGUGGAAUGUCCUUCCCUGUUCAACCCUCGCAAGCCCUUCUGCCGCAACCUCUACAACAGCGAGCUUUGCUGCGAAGUCGGCGAAGAAUGCACAACUCCAGAGUUGCCAGUCGAUAAAGAACCAGCAACUGCUACCGGAGCGGAAACCACGCCUGCACCAGAAGGUACCACAACUCAAGCCAAGCCUGAGGCAAACAUCCGUUCAACAGCCUCAUGCACAGCUGAAGACAAGGAAUACAAGCUCGGGGAUAAGAUUUACUUCACGAACGAGUCGUGCCAGACCUGCGUCUGUACUGAGAAUUAUACUGAUGCUUUUGGACCUAACUGCACCACCAUCGACUGCGGCAUGGACUACAGGUAUGCGCAGCAGCUCCGCGACGGCUGCACGCCUAUAUACUUCAGAAAUCGCUGCUGCAGCAUUGACUGGAUUUGCCCAAACAGCGAGCGUGUGAAGCCUCUGGCCGACCAGCCUACGGAAUCAGAAGCAACAACGGGAUCGCACUGCAAACUAGGCGAUAUCGUGGUCCCUCGCAAUGCCUCUGCGCCCACGGACAACUGCAACCUAAACUGUCUGUGCGUGACGCCCCCAGACUUGACGUGCGUACAGUACCCCGACUGCGACGAAGCUGCCAAGGCUCUCGAAACGCGCAUAUUGCAAUAAAACGUUCGUUAAUUCAGGGACGUGAAGAUAUUCUUUGCUGAAUUAAUUCAAUGGACUGUUUUCAUCUGUGCUUUUUUUUGGAAGGGUGUUGUUAAGGUGAAUACAUAAUUCGUUUGUUUGAAUAUAACAACACAGUUAAUGGCAAUAUAGAUAUGAACCUAUUCGAUUAAAAUUAGGUACCUACUAUGAGACUUAAAUUGCAACCUAAUAAUAAGGUCGUCACCAGGUGAUGUCGUGCAUGCUCCUGCUAAAAAUUUUUAUAUACGUAUUGCAGCAUCAAGAGUCAAUAUAUAGCAUCGCAUUUAGUUACAAAUACUUGACCGGUGGUACAUUGAAUACAGUUAAUUUUAACUCCUUUAUUAAGGCUACAUUCCUUUAUUCGAAUUAAAUUCGUGACUCAUUAUGUAAAGUAUCCCGUAAUUAACGGGGAAAUAAAGAACCUCGGCAAUU